AUGAGACGAUAUUCACGUUGGAACAGGAACACAAACCCUCAAAAUGACAGGAAUUACUCUACUGAGCCUCCUAGAGACUUGGCCAUCGUCGAACACCGUCAACGCCCUCGGGGCAUUAUGGUUUGGGCAGGAGUAUGCGCCUCGGGCAAAACUUCCUUGAUUUUUGUUGAUAAAGGAGUAAAAAUCAAUAAAAAAGUGUACCAAAAGGACAUUCUGGAAGCCGUAGUACUUCCUUGGUCCCGAGAACACUUCAAGAACACCAAAUGGACGUUUCAACAGGACUCUGCUCCAGCCCAUAAAGCCAAAACAACACAGGAGUGGUGUCGGACCCAUUUUCCGGACUUUAUCACCUCAGCUGAAUGGCCUCCGUACUCCCCCGAUUUCAACCCGAUGGAUUACAGUAUUUGGUCGAUAUUGGAGGCAAGGGUGUGUUGUAGAAGACACCAAACUUUGGAGUCUUUGAAACAAGCAUUGAUCGAGGAGUGGGACAAACUUUCGCCUCAGGACCUGCGGCCCAUCGGUGAAAAUUUUGUGAAGCGUUUACGCCUCUGCGUAGCGGCAAAGGGGGGCCACUUCGAAACCUCUUGA